CUCCUCCUCUUCUUCUUCGUCUUUAUAUUCAGAAACUCUCAAAGUAGUUUAGGAUUGAAGAGAGGAAGAGAAGGUGAGAUUUGGUGAAAGCAGGAACAAUGGCUGGAGGUUUUUCAAGUUCUGCUGUUGGGAAAAGAGCAGAGCUUUAUGAAGGAAGGAUCACAUGGUACUUCAUUGGGGCUUGUUUGAUUGGAUCUCUUGGUGGCUCUCUCUUUGGUUAUGAUCUUGGUGUUUCUGGUGGAGUGACUGCUAUGGAUGACUUCUUGAAGGAGUUCUUCCCAAAAGUAUACCGAAGAAAACAUGAACCACUUCAUGAAACUGACUACUGCAAAUUCGACAGUCAGCUGCUGACACUAUUCACAUCCUCCCUUUAUUUCGCUGGCCUUGUUUCAACCUUCGCCGCCUCGAGGGUCACUACAAAAUACGGCCGGAGAAUGAGCAUCCUUGUUGGCUCCAUCAGUUUCUUCCUCGGCGGAGCAAUUAAUGCUGGUGCAGUCAACAUUGCCAUGCUCAUCAUCGGUCGUAUUCUACUCGGUUUUGGAAUUGGCUUCGGCAAUCAAGCAGUGCCAUUGUAUCUGUCAGAAAUUGCUCCAGCGAAACAUCGAGGAAAAGUCAACCAAUUGUUUCAAUUGACAACAUGCCUUGGCAUUUUGGUUGCUGAUCUUAUAAACUACAAAACUGAAGAGAAGCAUCCCUGGGGAUGGAGAUUAUCACUUGGAUUGGCCACAUUACCUGCAGCUCUAAUGUUUUUGGGUGGCCUAUUCCUCCCUGAAACUCCCAACAGUCUGGUUGAACAAGGCAAAACGGAAAAAGCAAAAGAAGUGCUAAUGAGAAUUCGGGGGACGACAAAGAUCGACGCCGAGUUCCAAGAUUUGUUGGAAGCAAGCGAAGCCGCCAGGGCAGUGAAGCAUCCAUUCAGAAACCUCUUCAAGCGAAAAAACCGACCACAGCUCAUCAUUGGAGCACUCGGCAUUCCAGCAUUCCAACAACUCAGUGGCAACAACUCUAUACUCUUCUAUGCACCAGUUAUCUUCCAAACACUAGGCCUUGGCUCUGAAGCUUCUCUUUACUCCAGCAUUAUCAGUAACUCCAUGCUCGUCAUUGGCGCGCUUGUUUCGAUGUUUUUUGUGGAUAAAGUAGGCAGAAGGUUCUUCUUCAUUGAAGGCGGAAGUCAGAUGAUUAUAUCCAUGGUGGUGGUUGGAAUUACAUUGGCAAAAGAAUUUGGCCAUGGUAAGCCAUUGCCGAAGAGUUCGGCAACUUUGUUGCUGAUCAUGAUAUGUUUCUUUGUUGUGGCUUAUGGUUGGUCAUGGGGACCAAUGGGAUGGUUAGUACCAAGUGAGCUAUUUCCAUUGGAGACAAGAUCAGCUGGACAAAGUAUAGUGGUGUGCAACAAUCUCUUCUUCACCGCCGUUGUCGCUCAGUUCUUUGUUGCUGCAAUGUGUCAUCUUCGAUACGGCGUUUUCUUCCUCUUUGCAGGUUUGAUAGUCAUAAUGUCGAUCUUUAUCAUCGCAUUGCUGCCAGAGACAAAGCAGAUGCCCAUUGAGGAGAUUUAUUUGCUGUGGGAGCAGCACUGGUUUUGGAAGAAAAUUGUGGGCACUUCUCAGCGUGAUGAACAUGAAAUGACGCAAAUUGAUUCAGUUUAGAUGUCUCACUAGUUUGAUUUUUUUCUUUUUUUAUAUAUUUAUUUUUAUUCUCUUUGUUUUUAUUAUUAAUUUCUCUAUGCGGUAGUUGUCAGGAAACAAUA